AUGAAGGGCAGAGGGAAGUCGGCACAGGGAAGGUCCAGCGCCAACGAGGCAGUGGAGUUGAGCACCUUGCUCAUCCACUGUGCACAGGCCGUGGCCACGGACAACCGCCGGAGUGCGACCGAAUUGCUUAGACAGAUCAAGCAGCAUUCGUCACCGAAGGGUGAUGCCACACAGAGGUUGGCACAUUGUUUUGCAGAGGGAUUGGAGGCGCGGCUGGCAGGGUCAGGGAGCCAGCUCUACAGGUCUCUCAUGGCUGAGCGCAUCCCGGUCGUGGAGUACCUCAAGGCCUACUGGUUGUACCUGGCAGCAUGCUGUUUCAAAAUGACGGCAUUCAGGUUCUCCAACAUGACAAUCCUCAAGGCCAUCGCUGGGAGGAAAAAGGUUCACAUCGUGGAUUACGGCGUGAAUUGUGGGGUUCAGUGGCCAACUUUGCUAUACCGUUUGGCGACCUUGGAGGGUGGGCCUCCUGAAGUGAGAAUCACCGGCAUUGAUCUCCCCCAGCCCGGCGUGAAUUAUGCUCGUCAGCUCGGUGUGCCAUUCAAGUUCCACGGCAUCACGGUGAGGUGGGACACAGUUUGUGUUGAUGACCUGAACAUUGACCCUGAUGAGGUACUCAUUGUCAACAGUAUCAUGCAGUUUGGAAAUUUGAUGGAUGAGGGGGUCGACAUUGAUAGCCCAAGCCCUAGGGAUGUUGUCCUCAGAACCAUUCGCAAGAUGCAACCUGAUGCGUUCGUCCUUCAUGUCAUGAAUGUCUCGUUUAGCGCUCCAUUCUUUGUAACACGUUUCCGUGAGGCGCUGUUCUUUUACUCUGCAAUGUUUGACAUGCUGGAUGCCACGGCUCCACGGGAUAGUCACCAGCGCUUUUUGGUUGAGCGGCACCUCUUUAGGCAGUGUAGCCUCAAUGUUGUUGCCUGUGAGGGCACGGGCAGGGUGGAGCGCCCGGAGACAUAUAAGCAAUGGCAGGUGCGGAACCACCGGGCAGGGCUAAAGCAGCUUCCAUUGGAUCCAGAUAUUGUAAAGACCUUGAGGGACAAUGUUAGGGUUCAGUAUCACAAGGACUUUGUCAUUGAUACGGAUCAUAAUUGGCUCCUGCAAGGAUGGAAGGGACGCAUACUCUAUGCCAUGUCGACAUGGGUUGCAGAUAAUCCUGUCUCAGAACUUUAG